AAGAUUUUCUCAAGGAAAGAAAAAAAUGGAAGAAAGACAGGAGCGAUUGUAUAAGCAGUUCAGUGAGCUUGAGAAGGAAUGGGCGGCCAUGAAGACAGGCAAAGGCUCAUCUGCAGUUUCGUGCAGCAGUACCAUUGAAGAAGCCUUGGAGUUUGUGGAAAACUCUCCGAGAAAGCUGAUGCUCUCUCUCCAACACGACCAGGCUUGUCCAGAGGCAGAGGUGAGAUCACCCUGUAGGAGAAAACUCUUUCACGACUCUGAUGAUAAUGAUGACGAGACAAACAUGACACCGUUGUCUCAUUCGACUUGUUGGUCUUCUAAUGUUAUGAGAGCGGGAGAUACUAAUAACAAGAAGGAGAAGAAGAAGAAUAAAAGAGGAAUGAUCGUCUGUGUUAUUAGUAUGGUUGUUUUUUUGUUAAUGUUCAUCUUUUUGGCUGUAGUGAUGAUGGAUGGUUUUGAUCAUAGGCAGAUUAAUACUUUGGUUCCUACUUGAUAUUUUUUUGUUCGUUUUGUUUGAGAUGCUCAUCAAACUCAAUAAAGUAAAAGGUUAUUCUCUUCA